AUGGCACAAAAUGGCUCGGGGGGAGCCACGCAUGCUCCAUCAUUUGCGUACCCAACGGCCGACUCGCCCAUUGGCAACAUCGCCUCGCUGCAGGAUAAAGUUGCCCUGAUCACCGGUGCCAGCAGUGGCUUGGGAAGAGCGAUCGCCCAGGCCUACGCCGCCGCCGGAGCAUACGUCGUCUCGGCGGACCUGACGCCCAAUCCACCCCAAGCGCCGACGAUUGCAUCGAUCCACAAGGGCGUCGAUUUGGUGACGCCGACCGUUGAGCUCAUCAACUCGAAGUGGCCGGCCCAUGGCCGCGAGCGAGCAAGUUUCAUCAAGUGCGACGUUACGGAUGAGCCGAGUGUGAAGGCGGCGGUGGAGUUUGCCGUCAAGACGUACGGCCGGCUGGAUAUCAUGGUCAAUAACGCGGGGAUCUCCGCCGAGACCAAAUCGCCCACCUACAACGGCGCGUUCCAACGCAUCCACGAAACACCCCUUUCCGUCCUCGACCUCACCUACCAGAUCAACAUCAAGGGUGUCUGGCUCGGGACGAAACACGCGUGCGCGCAGUUCCUCGCCCAGGAACCGCAUCCCUUGCACGGCCGGACCGCCACGGGCGCCACGGAGGAUGUUCACCGAGGCUGGGUCAUCAACCUGGCCAGCAUCAUGGGCAGUGUCGGCCUCGCCGGGGCGAGCUCCUACGCGCUCUCCAAGGGCGCCGUGGUGAACCUCACGCGUGCGACAGCGCUAGAGUACGCCAAGGACGGCAUCCACGUCAACUGCAUCCAGCCUGGGUUUACCGACACGAGCUUGUUGGAGAACAUGUAUUCGCGCAUGGGCCAGGACGCCAUGGCUCAGUACAUGGCGAGUGUUCACCCGUGGGGCCGGACCGGACGGGUCGAGGAUAUUGCGCGCGUGGCCGUCUUUCUGGCCGGCGAGGGAAGCAGUUGGGUUACUGGACAUGGGUUGGUCGUUGAUGGAGGGUAUCUUGCGCAGUGA